CUUCAUAUCGACCCCGCUCCAGUGCUCCACCAUCUCACUUUCGAUCGCGAGUUCCAACUUCCAAGCUAGCUAGUCGUCGUUGCCGUCGUCGUCCCGACCGCCAGCUAGCGCUCGUGGUACGUACGUGCGCGUAUACGCGCGUGCGCGCUCAAUACAACACACACAUGGCGAUCGUCAACAAGAAGCAGGGCGGCGCGGCGGCGUCGGGGCUGAAGCACAUCCUGAAGCGGUGCUCGAGCCUGGGACGGCGCCAGCAGCAGCAUCAGCGCAGCGUUGGGGAGGAUGAGAAGGAGGAGGAGGAGGCCACGGGGCUGCCGUCCGACGUGCCGCGCGGCCACUUCGCGGUGUACGUGGGCGAGCGGCGGCGCCGGUUCGUGGUGCCCAUCGCGCUACUGGACCGCCCCGAGUUCCGGACCCUGCUGCGGCGCGCCGAGGAGGAGUUUGGGUUCGCGGGCGCCGGCGGCGCCGGCGGCGCCCUCGUCCUCCCCUGCGAGGAGGUCGCCUUCCGCUCCCUCACCUCCGCGCUCGCCUGCGCCCGGUGAACGCGCGCCCGUGUCCUGCCGCCGCGUGCUUGGGAUUUGGAUGCCCCCACGGACGCUGCGGCGCCGCCUAUUCGAGAUUCGGUUCAUUGGUUCGGCCCACAGGCCACAGCUAGCUCACUCGCUCGGCGACGGCGAGAGCACCUACGAUGUUAAUGGCGUGUGUAAAUAUCGAUUAUUAGAGAAGAGAUACAGGUGGUGGUGCAUGGCAUGCGCCCGCCCACCCGCCCGGACCGGCACUGGUGAUCGACGGCCGGGCGACGGAGGAGGAGAUCGAUGGAGUGAUAUGGAUGCAUGGACGGAGCGAGAGCUCCAGAGCUUCACUGCUGGCUAUUUGACUAGCUGUUGGCCGCUGCUCUGUGCUCUACAUGUACGUUGUUUGUGCUGCGUUCUGUCUGUUCAUGGCCGGACUCCUGCUGCAAGUAGAUAUGGUUAGGCCAGCCAGUGCGACAAGUGAACCAUCAUCAAUGUUUUCUUAUUUUUUUUCUAUACAUGCAAAGAUAUUGAUGGCAAGC